AAGGCAGGAGUUGUGGCGGGUGCAACCGGCUAGUUCAUCCUGCUGAGCCGUAGUCGAUCCGAUCUGCCUCCGGAUUGUCCUCAGUUGUGAUCCCGAGCUGUGGAGCUAAGUGUCGCUUGGACUGCGGCUACUGAGUAGGAAGGCUUGUAGGACAACUCUUGGGUGAGACACUUCUCCAGUCCAUUGAAUUUCCCGGAGCUUCCUGAGACAAGAGAGUGGAGGGCGGCCACACAUCUGCAGCCUGCAUCAUGCCAGCACUGGCCACAGGAUCGGCUUGUGACACGGGUCUGUAUGAGCUGCUGGCUGCUCUGCCUGCCCAGCUGCAGCCACAUGUGGCUAGCCAGGAGGACCUGACCUUCCUCUGGGACAUGUUUGGUGAAAAGAGCCUGCAUUCACUGGUCAAGAUUCAUGAAAAACUUCACUGCUAUGAGAAGCAGAAUCCGUUGCCCAUUCUCCAUGGUGCAGCAGCAUUGGCAGAUGAUCUGACUGAAGAGCUACAGAACAAGCUACCAACCAGUGAGAUCAGAGAGCUGUUGAGACUGCUGUCCAAACCCAAUGUCAAGGCUUUGCUGUCAGUACAUGAUACUGUGGCUCAGAAGAGUUACGAUCCUGUAUUGCCUCCCGUGCCUGACGAUAUUGAUGAUGAGGAAGACUCUGUGAAAAUAAUCCGCCUGGUCAAAAAUAGAGAGCCCCUGGGUGCUACCAUUAAAAAAGAUGAGCAGACCGGAGCAAUCAUUGUGGCCCGAAUCCUGCGGGGAGGAGCUGCAGAUAGAAGUGGUCUUAUUCACGUGGGUGACGAGCUGAGGGAAGUGAAUGGGAUCCCAGUGGAAGAUAAGAGGCCUGAGGAAAUAAUAAAGAUUUUGAGUCAGUCCCAGGGAGCAAUUACAUUUAAGAUAAUACCCAGCACCAAAGAGGAGACACCUUCUAAAGAAGGCAAGAUAUUUAUCAAAGCCCUCUUUGACUACGAUCCUAAGGAAGACAAGGCAAUCCCGUGUAAAGAGGCAGGGCUGUCUUUCAGGAAGGGGGACAUCCUUCAGAUUAUGAGCCAAGAUGAUGUGACAUGGUGGCAGGCUAAGCAUGAAGGAGAUGCCAACCCCAGAGCGGGCCUGAUUCCCUCCAAGCACUUCCAGGAACGGAGAUUGGCUCUGAGACGACCAGAAAUAGUAGUUCAGCCUCUGAAACUUUCCAACACGAAAUCAUAUGAGGAAACAGUUGAAUGUGAGGAAAUUAAAGAAGACGCUGGACAUGAUGGUAACAACGGCGGAACCUACAUAGCUGGUUUUCGAAGAAGUUUCCGUCUUAGCAGAAAAGAUAAGAAAAUAAAUAAGUCCAUGUAUGAAUGCAAAAAGAGUGAGCAGUAUGACACGGCAGAUGUGCCCACAUACGAGGAGGUGACACCCUACCGGCGGCAGACCCAUGACAAAUACAGACUCGUUGUCCUUGUUGGUCCUGUCGGAGUCGGGCUCAAUGAGCUGAAGCGAAAGCUAUUGAUGAGUGAUACACAGCACUAUGGUGUGAUAGUGCCCCACACCACAAGAGCAAGAAGAAGCCAAGAGAGUGAUGGUGUGGAAUAUAUUUUUAUUUCCAAACAUUUGUUUGAGACAGAUGUACAAAAUAACAAGUUCAUUGAGUAUGGUGAAUAUAAAAACAACUAUUAUGGUACAAGUAUAGACUCAGUUCGCUCUGUCCUAGCUAAGAACAAGGUUUGUCUGUUGGAUGUCCAGCCUCAUACGGUGAAGCAUUUAAGGACACUGGAGUUCAAACCCUAUGUGAUAUUUAUAAAACCUCCAUCCAUAGAGCGUUUGAGAGAGACAAGAAAAAAUGCAAAGAUUAUUUCAAGCAGAGAUGACCAAGGGACUGCAAAGCCCUUCACGGAAGAAGAUUUUCAGGAAAUGAUUAAAUCAGCACAGAUAAUGGAAAGUCAAUAUGGCCAUCUUUUUGACAAAAUCAUAAUAAAUGAUGAUCUUACUGUGGCAUUUAAUGAGUUAAAAACAACAUUUGACAAACUAGAGACUGAUAGCCAUUGGGUCCCAGUGAGUUGGUUACAUUCAUAACUCAGGGAAAUGUCCUUAAUUGUCUUUUUACAGAGUUGCAUGGUUAGAUCAACUGCCAUGGUUUUGGUAGGAUUUUUUUUUUUAAUAAUUUGUAUCACUGUCACAGAUGUAAAGUCUUCAAUGUCAAAGUCAAACUUUCAGUGCUGGUUUGUUUAUGUCUUUUACAGCCUUGUUUGAAGCACAUAACUGUACAAUCUAAGUCAAAAUAUGCACAGUGCUAUAGUCUUAGCAAAACUUGUAUUUCCUGGUUUUCUUUAAUCUGUUUCUUUGUGAGAGGCAGUAGGCAUCAGAGUUCAUGCCUCACUUGCACUCAGGUGUGCUCACAGCCCUUCACUGGGCAUGCUCGCAGUUAAAAGCAUGGGCUUGGUAGCCUCGAGCAAAUCCACAGAUUUAACUGAGCUGGAAAUAAGACUCUGUCCUUACAAAAUAUGUUAUUUGUGUGCACAUCUUUAAAACAAAGAAGAAACUCAAAUUUUUUCUUGAGGAAGUAACUCACAUAUUAUAGCUUAGGAAAUCCUUAUGAGUACAUAUUGGUGAUGCCACCAACAUUAUAUAAGAAAAAUCUAAUUCUACUGUUUAAGUUGAGAGUCUCACUAUGUUGUCGACACUAGUCUUGAACUUAGCCUUCUUUUGCCUCAACCUCCUGAGUACGGGAACAUGCCACUACAUCAGGCUUAAAAACAACUUAACUGAUAUUAUAGAUGUAGAUACAAACCUUUCCUCGUGGUUUCGUAAAACUGGUUCUGUCUUAGGGCAAGGAAUGAUCACACAGCACCUCUUGCUUUAAUCUGUCAUAUUUCAGAAGACAUUUUUGGAGUCAGAAAGUUUUCUUCUUUUGCGUUGGAAUUUCUCAGCAAAUUAUAAGAAUGAGAUAUGUAUUCAAAAACAUGUAAUACGUGUUAGGGCACAGUGAAGGAAGAGGUGCUCAUGUUUCUGAUGUGCAAUCACCACACAUGUAAAUUGUCCUAAAGUGUGUUUUAGAAACCUUAUAUUGUGUUAAAUUUUUGUCAACAAAAUGAUUAACACCAGCCAUAUUACAUUUCAACUUAUUCCAAAGGAAGAUGGAUUUUUAAAUGUUUCCAUGACAUUGUUCCUUUUUCUAUAAUGCUUUAGGUCUCUAGCAAGUGAAUAAUUUGCAAUACUACAAAUAUUCAUAGUUCAAUCUUAGAGCAGAUUCCUGCCAGUCCUCUGAGCAGUACAGAUUAGCCAAUGGAAGAUUCAUCACAUCUAUGACUUGCAUACAAAAAAUUAUUUUUGUUGCUUUGUAAAGAGUUUAAAUAUUAUGUUUAAAGAAAAAUAAAAUGUAGGGAAAU